AUGCUGCGUCUUGUCAAGAAUGUGCUUCAGCAAGACGCAGAUGAGACGCGCCGUACAGACGAUGCGUCUAUGAACAAUAUUCUCCGCCUGAUCGAGACAGAGCUAUCGGACAACAGCGCGCUCGACAAGAAUGCCAUUGUCUCGUCCAAGGAACUGAACGAUGCACUUUCCAAAGAGUUCCGCCUGGAAAAGAUUUCUGUGGAAGACGCACAAUAUGUCGACCGUCUGAACGCGAUUCGUGCUCGGCUUGGAACGCUUGCAGUUGACAUGACUCGCCAGAGCAUGCCUAUGCCCCAUAAUAAAAUCCACUCCGCAUCUUCUGAUGCGUUAGAUGAGGACGUGCCUCAGGAUGUUGCACUGCCUUCCUACCACUGGUUGUCGUUUGUCUUACUCGCAGUGGGCUUGGUACUUCUUGUUGGCCGCGUGGCCCAAUACUAUGCGGAAUACAUGAUGGUCAACACGUACUAUGACCCAAUGUAUGCGGCCGUCUUUCCUAUGCCUUCCUUUGUGCAAACAUGGCUCCCUGGGCAUACCUACUACAAUGUGCCAUUCCUUGCGCACACCGACCGUGCCAUCGCAUCCCUCAUUGCACCCUUGGGUGUCGCCAUGCUUGGCUAA